AUGGACGUACAGGCGAAUUUGUCAAUCGUUGGGGCCGGGCCCUCUGGGUUUGCACUUGCCGCUGAUCUCCAAAGUCACGGGAAAGGUGUAUUGCUAUACUCGCAUCCAACCCAUGCACGGCAUGCCCGAACCGUGAGAGAGCAGGGAUAUCUCGAAGCGAGCGGUACGGUGGAUGGGUUUGCCAACCUCCCUCUGACGACUAGUAUGAGUGAGGUCGUUGCAUUUUCCCGGGUGAUCAUACUGACGGUCCCAUCCACUGGACAAGAGACAGUGCUGCAGGAGUUGAAGAAUUUUGACCUGCACCAGCACACAAUCAUCGCAAUCCCUGGCAACCUUUUUUCCCUGAUAGCUGAGACAGAGAUUGAGGUGGAAAACAUCCUCGAAAUCAACCUGUCACCGUAUUCUUGCAGAAUGGAGGGUGGGAAAUUGCUUGUGCUGGGUAGAAAGAACCUCGUUUUUAUCGCGGCUCUGCGCCAUGAUACGACGCCCGCGUUUCGCAAUUCGAUACAGAGCAUCUUCCCAAUGACAUUGCGCUGGUGCAGCAGCGUUGUUGAAGUCAGUCUGUCGAAUGUCAAUGGAGUGUUUCAUCCCUUGAUGAUGUUGAUGAACGCUGGCCGUAUCGAAAGCACUGCUGGCGAUUUCCUUUUGUAUCGGGAUGGUCUCACCCGAUCAGUUGCCAAUGCCAUGCUUGCGGUCGACCGAGUGCGAAUAGAAAUUGCUGCAUCAUUUGGACUUAGGUUGAGGAGUGCGCUCGAAGUCUCCAAUGAGUGUUACGGUCAAACUUUCACCGACCUGGUCGAUUUGGCACGCCGGUCGCCGCCUCACAACAAGUUGAAAGCACCGUCCAACAUUGGCAACCGUAACAUCUCAGAGGACGUGCCAGACCUACUGGUGAGCUGGCACGGCCUAGCUGAAAAGAUUGGCAUAGAUGCAUCGCCUCUCUCUGCCGUUAUUGUUCUCGUUGGGAUGGCUACUGGCACAGACUACAUGCGCAUGGGGAGGAAUUUGAACAAACUUCAACUUCGAGACGUCACUAGAAGCGAGCUCCUUGCAAGGUUUGGCCACAACUCAAUAGUGGAUUUCGAGAGUCGAUUGUAAUAGUGGUUAGUGAAACCUGGUAGCUUCAAGUGCAACUUUGAUGCGAGGCUUCUCAAUCAUAAGUGUACCUUGUGGAAGAUGGAGCCUCAGUUAUACAGGCAUGUCUAAAUUGAG